AUGGCACAAAUUAAUCCAGCGCAAUCGUCAAAUGAUGAGAGCCUUAAGAAUAUUUUUGACGAAGCGAUGGAGCUCUAUAACAGCUUAGAAAAUGGAAAAGAAGCUACCAAUAGUGAUCCGGUUCAGAUGAGUUUAAGAACAGCAAUAACUAAAUUUGAAAAAGCCACAAAUUUGGUCUCCAUGUCAGAAAUGUUUAGCAGGAAUGAAAGCAUUGAUGAGAUACCAACUGAGUCUAUGCAGUAUUUGUUACUACCUGCAUUGUUAGGAACACUAACAUUGAAGUUGUGUGGAAAAAACAGGAAGGAUGUGAUAGAUGUUGCAGAAAUUUAUUUUAAGGAUUUUUUAACAAGGUGUAAAGAUUAUGGGCUCACAGACCUGGAGGUACCACAGAAUAAUAGUAAUAACCAAAACAUUAUAAGCAGACCACAGAGUGAACAGGAAAAGAUUGUUAGCAUGGUCCAAACGAGGGAAGCAAAGAUCAAGCGGUACAAAGAGGCAAAAGAGUUGAAGGAAAAACUUGCAAACCUUUCCAAAGCAAUGUCAUUACCAAAUGUAGAUGAUGAAACCAAACGAGAGUACACUACAACAAUGUUGCUUAGUUUCAUCAACCAGGCGUUUGAUGAGCUCUCUAGUAUUGAGCAGGAGAAACCUAUUUUGGAAUAUAUGGCAAAGCACAGUGGAGAACCGAAGCCAAAGCAUAGAGAGCAAACGACGCCUCUGAAGCCUGUUAUAAUAACUCGCGACGCUGUGCAGAAGGCGGUUUUCGGAGCAGGAUACCCGUCCCUCCCCACUUUGACCAUCGAGGAGUUCUAUGACAAGAGAGUUAGGGAGGGAACGUUCCCUGCUGCUGGUACUAAUAUACCGCAUGCAAAAAUAGAAAAUGCGGAGGCUGAUGCAGACGAGGCAGACAAAGUGAAAAAGGAACGUCUGAUCGAAGAGGACGAUCCAGAAGAACUGGCCAGGCAACGCAACAUGGACGAAUAUAAAGAUGACCAUCGCCGCGGUUGGGGCAACCGACAUAACAGAAGUUAA